AUGUCUGUGAAAUGGGAGGUAACAUUUUUAAGUAUACGCACAAGUGAGGCCGGGACUUCUCUAUUUGCGAAUGGUCAGAUGCAGGUAGCUGCGAACGUCUUGAUUAAGGCAAUCAAUCCAGUCAACUACGAUCCAUACCUCUUGACAGUGGCAGAGCUAGCGAAAAUUGAGCUAGUUGACUAUUACAACACUGAUGAGAAGCUCACUGGCCCUUGGAAGUUUACCUCUGUUGAGAAUGAAUUUUCACACACAAUGCCUCCAGGUGCCGGAUUUGUCGCUGAUGCAGAGGAUCCUCCUCCACAGCCACUGAUGGUGGACCAAAGUAAACGAUAUUGGGUCAGCACAACAAGACCUGAAGUCAAGAGCGUUGGAGCACGCAUUACCCAACCAAAUGGCAAAGUGAUCACAACCCGCAGUCCAGAAAACGACUCUUACAUUGCUUUUCGGGGCUACCAGGAAAUCCGGUAUUCCUUAUCCAAUUCCGAAUGGUGGAGAGAAGAUACCGCCAGUGGCAGUGGCUGGGACCAGGACAACUAUUUUCUCAGAAGCGAGGUUCACCCGUUCAUUAGAGCCGACCGCGCUGGCUAUAAUGAUGACACUUUUGAAGUGGUGGGAAUGCGCAACAGCGUGGCAUAUCAUCGUGCAGGCCCGCAUCUACACUACAUGUGGCCUAUGGGAGCAAGGACGACUGUGAAAGCUGGAUUGACGCACUACGCCGAUGGAAGAGUACACCCAAACGCUUGGUCAAGAGAUAUUGUUAUUAGACAGUAUGCAAACUCUUUAUGUCUUACUCGCUUGAAGACGUCCGGUCCACUGGGUAUUUGGGACCUUGGUUGGUGGUUUUACCCUACGGCCACAAUGUACGACCAGUAUGGGAAUUCAGGCAUGUUUGAUCUCGCUGUCAAUGAAUACAACACAAUAUCCAUUUCUAAUCGCGGCACGAAAACCAACCCCCCAUCCAAUACUCCCCAUCAUGAAGACGAGAAAAUUACUCCGGAGGCAAAAAUUGGUAAGAGCGAAUCAUCAGUUCCCAAACCGUCCCCGAAUUAA